UGGUGCCCCGCCCCCCAUGUCCGCCCCUCACUGCCCCGGUAACGGUACCGUAGCGCAGAGUUAGUGUAGAGAGAGAUGGAGGACGGUCAGGAGAGCAACGCGAUGAGGGAACAGAAGAAGAGAGAUCGGCAGCCAGAGCUGAUCAGCACUGACAGUGACAUUGGUUUGUGUGGGUGGCUCCUGGUGCUCUUCUCCAUCCUGCUGACCCUCCUCACUCUGCCCCUGUCCAUAUGGAUGUGCAUCAAGAUAGUGAAGGAGUAUGAACGAGCCAUAAUCUUUCGUCUGGGACGUAUUUUGCGAGGAGGAGCAAAAGGUCCAGGUCUUUUCUUUAUACUGCCCUGCACUGACAGCUUCAUUAAUGUGGACAUGCGCACCAUCACCUUCGACAUCCCCCCUCAGGAGGUCCUGACGAAAGACUCUGUGACUGUUAGCGUGGACGGCGUGGUGUAUUACCGAGUGCAGAACGCCACCCUGGCCGUGGCAAACAUCACCAACGCUGAUGCCGCCACUCGCCUUCUGGCUCAAACCACCCUGAGGAACGUGCUGGGAACUAAGAACCUGGCCGAGAUCCUCUCUGAUCGCGAGGAGAUCGCUCAUAGCAUGCAGAGCACUUUGGAUGAAGCGACUGAUGACUGGGGCAUUAAGGUGGAGCGAGUAGAAAUUAAGGACGUUAAACUGCCACUGCAGCUCCAGAGAGCCAUGGCUGCUGAGGCAGAGGCUACCAGAGAGGCCAGAGCUAAGGUAAUUGCUGCUGAGGGGGAGAUGAAUGCGUCUCGUGCGCUGAAGGAAGCGUCUCUGGUGAUAGCAGAGUCUCCCUCAGCGCUGCAGCUCCGCUAUCUGCAGACCCUCAACACCAUCGCCGCCGAGAAGAACUCCACCAUCAUCUUCCCCCUGCCCAUGGACAUGAUGCAGAGCUUCCUCAAACGCUGAGCAGAGUGCUUCUGUCUCUUACACACACACACAUGGUCUAGCUUGACAUCAUCACUGACGAUAUUAUAUUUCUGCGUGCCUAUUAUUCUCUAUAAAGAGCGCUGGUCUAAUCUUUUAAAAGCCUUAAGCCAUAAUCAGUCAAAACAUGCAAUUUUGCUGAAUUUUGCUUAUGUUACAAGCUCAUAUUUCAUUUUAAACAUUUAUACUUUUUUAUAUUUUAUUUUAAAAUGUUUUGUUUUGUUUUUGGUUGGUUAGAAAUAUUAAAAUGAUUUUUUUAAGUAGGUCAUUAAAUAAAUUAAAUUUUCGCUGUCCAAUGAAAAAUAUGUAUCUCCAAAAUAACAACUUAGAAAAACAGAACAGAGAUAAAAAAAAAAAAAAAAAAAUCAUAACUUACAGUGGAAAUCAAUAUUAAAAUAGUUUGCUUUAGGUAAUUUUGAAGAAUUUUUAUUGGUCCGUUUUUCAAGAAAUUUCGACAUAGUGUAAAGGAUAGUUUGUGUGUCUAAAAUGCGUAGUAAACUAAAAAUCAACAAAAAUGGAGAUACUUGUUUUUCAUUGGACAGCAAUGAAAUGAAGUAUUAGAUACAGUUGUAUUAGAGAACGCUGUUACCUCUCGAGCAAAAGCUACUACUUAUUUUCUUUGUGAAUAUUUGAGCUGCUUUUAUUGUUUAAUAAUAUAUAUUUUGGAUUCACAUAUAUUUAGAGAUCACCAAAGAUAUGCAUGACUUAUCAAAUGGAGAGUGUGUGUGUAGGAUCAUUAAAGUGAGGUUAUGAGGCUGAGCUGCAUCAUGUGCAUGCUUUGUGUGAACCUUUGCUUUUUUUAUUUUAUUGUAUUUUUUUAUUUCAUCAUCAGUUUUCCUGUUAUUAAUCAAUAUGUGUCAAUAACGUGCCAUAAUACAUUCACACUGCCAUCUAGCUACUAUAACAUUACUGCACUCACCAUGAUCUUAAGUAGAAAAUCGCCUCAAGUGUUGGAGAAUUAAUGGGCCAAGUAGAAGUUGUAUACAUAUAUACUACAGUGAAAAGCAGCGUUUUAAAUCAAAUCAACCUCAUUUGGCCUAAUUAUUAGAGGUUAUUCUAAUAUACUGUAGUUAUAGACGAUCAUUAGUAAAGUAGGGAUUCACCGAAUAUCCAGCAACAAUUAUUAAUAUUUGUUUACAAAAUUAAGGUAUAUAAAAAAAGAACAGAAAAAUGAAAAGAAAGAUUAAUUUAUACUAAACAAUGGUGAUUUUGACUAUGCAUUCAAGUCACAACCAGUGUGGAGUAAAGCCCUAUCUGAACUGGAUUAGUUUUUACUCAGGGGGACGCCUCUGAACUGUAAUUGAAAAAACAGGAGGACCAAUGUGUUUUUAGGCUUUUUUCUCGGUCACAUGACAUCGUGUUCAGCAGCUCCUCCAUUUCCACUCGCUGUUGUGUUUUUACGUGGAAACGCACGCCCAAAGUGUAAUUACGGUGCGCGGCAGUGGACAAAUAGCUAUUUUAUGAUACGCGAGGAGACGAAACUCAGAGAUGUGCGCCCGGACAGGAACACACACAUGGUUGUUCCAGACAGAAAUAAAAUAACAGAGGACCCCCCAAAAAAGAAAUAAUUAACCCAGGUUCUAUUGUCAUUUCGGUGCAUCCCUAGUAUAAGGCUGUACAAAUAUCCAGAAUAUCCAGAACUACAGUAUUUAUACCUAAAAUUUUCAUUAACACAUUUAUCAUACAGACUUUAUUGUAUGCUGUUAUUAAAAAGUAUUACAAUAUUAAAUAUUAAGAAAUAUCUAAAAAAACAAAAAACAAACAAAAAAAGGUUUGGGAGAAUGACCUCACACAACUUCUCUUUAUUGUUACGUUCUAUGUACCAUCUUCAACCCUCACAUUUUCAUCAAGAAAAGUUUUAUUCAAUUAAUUUUGUAUUGAUAUAGUAAGCUGGCUGUGGUUAGUUGUGGAGAAGGAGGAUCAGGUUAUGGUCUUUUCCAAAUUUCAGGUAUUGUCUAACAUUCAUAUUCCUGCAUUUGUUCUGCAUUUACAUCAACUGUAUGAAUGUUUUAUUUUCUCUUCCAUACAAAUAAGUGUAUUUACAUCUGUGUGUAUUCCUUUAAAUGUAAAUAUAACUAAAUUGUUUACCUGGAA